AGCUGGGAUCUGCGUGGUGGUUUCAGGAACUGCUUCUUCAAGCUGGAGAGAACGAUGGUUGGGAAGGCCAGGUCCUCGAAUUUCACCUUGUCGGAAAAGCUUGAUUUGCUGAAACUUGUCAAGCCAUAUGUAAAUAUUCUUGAACAGCACACCAACAAACACUCAGUCAUAGUGGAAAAAAACAAGUGCUGGGAUAUCAUUGCUGAUAGCUACAAUGCCAUUGGAGUAGACCGUCCUCCUCGCACGGCGCAGGGCCUGCGCACGCUGUACAAGAGGCUCAAGGAAUAUGCCAAGCAAGAGCUACUGCAGCAGAAGGAAAGCCAUUCGGACUACAAGAGCUACAUCUCUGAACCGACUAAGAAAGUUGUGGAAAUGAUCCCCCAGAUUUCCAUCGUGUGCUUGAGAGAGAGGAACAAUCUGCCAUGUGCUGCCCUGGAUAAAGAAACGGUUGCAACUACCAGUUCACCACAGUCAGUGUUAGAGCACCAUCCUGCUGCUAUCACGCUGGAGCUGGAUCAAGAGGAAGAAGAUGUCAAGCCACCUCCAUCAUUGAUUGUGGAGCUGCAGCCACAGGAGAGCUUGGAACAAAGAGACCAACAGCACAUGGUCCAUAUCAUGGAGAGAUCUCCUUCAACCUCCCUAUCUUCUGUUGAUAUAAGAAUGCUAUCUCCAUCUCCCAUCCCCAGAAGAGAUGAAUUUUUCAGGCUUGAAAGUGGAGAACGAUUUCGGUCUGUAAGUGGGGUGUAUGGUCCACAGAUGUUGCAAAUGCUAAAAGAAGAGCAUCACAUAAUUUUGGAAAAUCAGAGGAAAAUUGGGCUCUAUAUUCAAGAAAAGAGGGAUGGUUUGAAAAGAAGGCAGGAGCUGGAAGAAGAGUUAUUGAGAGCAAAAAUUAAAGUAGAAAAGUUAACGGCGAUACGACUACGACGUGAUCUUCCUGAAUUCAACAGUCUCUGAAUAUUUGGCAAUUCUGAUGCGUAAAGCCAGAGUUACUUCAUAAUUCCUUUUGAUCUAGAAAUGGUUAUUUACUGUGUUGAUUUGGAUGGAUCAAAACCCAGUCUUCAACAAAAUGAGUGCAUGGUUUCCAUUUUGUGUUUCAUGCAGAUUUGGAAAAAAAUUCAAAGCUAUCUUUCACUGGUCUUUCCAGCUUUUCAGACUGAAGUAGAACCAGAUCUAACUGAUACUCUUUAAAAAGAGCAGGAUUCAAGUCCAGUAGUACCUUAAAGACCAAAAAGAUUUCCAGGGUAUAAGCUUUUGAGAGUCAACCUUCUUUCAUCAGAGCUUGACUUUUGAAAACUUAUACCCUGGAAAUCUUGUUGGUCUUUCAGGUGCUACUGGACUCUAAUCUUGCUCUUCUACUGCUGACCAACACAGCUACCUGCCUGAAACAGUUUUUAAAAAGAAUCCUUUGAAAUCUUGUGCAUAUUACUGUUAGCAAAAACAAAUGAUAAUUUAUGCAACUGUCGUAAAACAUGCUAACUUACCUGCCCUUUUAAAAUAUUCAUUUUAAUUAUGGGUCAAUAAACACAGAGUGGGGGAAAGAUAUCUGUUUUCUUUUUUGUAAAACAAGGUAACACAUUGCUCGAAUAUAAAAUACUUGCAAAAAAAAUAUAGCGAGGAAUUACUGGCGGGAUAUUUUCAUGUUCAGCUGAACAAAGGGAAUAUAUACUCCCUGUGUUGUAGAAUGUGGGUUUUUUGUGCAGUUAGCAGUCAAGAAUGAGAAUUCUUAGUUCUGAAUGUUACCUAUCUUUCUACACUAUUAAAGCAUGGCUGAAGAUGGCAUUCUGCAUUUUCAUACUUCCUUCUGUGCAUUAUUUCAGUAUGCAGCUGCCAGUGCAUAAUAAACUUGCAGAAUUCCUUG